CCGACAGACUGCGCUCAUCGUGCGCCUUUACGCGCAGACAGACUACUGCCGCUGCACACUAAACGAGCUCUCCUUCGGCUUCCUCUGGACUUAACCAUGACCACGGCAUGGAAUUGGUCCGUUUCGGAUCCGUACCGCCGCACCCAACAUCCUCCGAGCCUGUCGGCUCCGAAAACAAACGCACAGCUCGCCUCUUCAUGUUGCCACAUAAUUGCUGCAGAUGAAGUGUGUGUGUGUGUGUAAACGCAAACUGACGUCUCACUCUUUUCUCAUUCAUAAAGGCGGUUACUCCUGUCAGUCUGAGUAGAGCAGAAGACCGAUAAGCAGCACAGAGGCAAACACCAGGAACAGCACACAGAUUUCCAAAAGACCAAAAUGAGCGGAGAUAACCCAGCCCAGCACCUGGAUGCCAUCCCUCCAGACACGCUACGUAAGGUGCAGCAGUACCUGAAGCCAUUCCAGCUAUCUCAGGCGAAGCUGCUGGAGGUUUCUGCCCGGCUGAACCAGGAUAUGGUUCUAGGUUUGGGGAAAACCACUCACCACAAGGCAGCCGUCAAGAUGCUGCCCACCUUCGUCAGGGCCACACCAGACGGGACGGAGAAAGGCGACUUCCUGGCGUUGGAUCUCGGUGGAACAAACUUCCGAGUGCUUCACGUCCGUGUGGUGGAGGAGGAGCAGAAAGUGCUGAAGAUGGACAGCCAGAUCUGUGCCAUCCCGAAGGAAAUUAUGCUGGGAACUGGAGAACAGUUGUUCGACCACAUCGCCGCCUGUCUCAGUGAUUUCCUCGUCUCUCAGAAUCUGAAGGGACAAACUCUUCCUCUGGGCUUCACCUUCUCCUUCCCCUGCGAACAAAUAGAAAUAGACAAGAGCAUCCUGAUCCGUUGGACCAAAGGCUUCAACUGCUCCGGAGUGGAGGGCAAAGAUGUGGUGACGUUACUGAGAGAGGCCAUUCACAGGAGAGGGGACUAUGAUAUAGGCUCAGUUGCCAUGGUGAAUGACACAGUGGGCACGAUGAUGAGCUGCGGCUACAAAGACCAGAGCUGCGAGAUCGGCAUGAUCAUCGGGACGGGAACCAACGCCUGCUACAUGGAGGAGAUGAGGAACGUGAGGCGUGUGGAGGGCGAGGACGGGCGGAUGUGCAUCAACACGGAGUGGGGGGGCUUCGGAGACGACGGCUCCCUGAAAGACAUCCAGACGGAGUUUGACGUGGAGGUGGACGAGACGUCUAUCAACCCCGGCGUCCAUAUCUUUGAGAAGAUGAUCAGCGGCAUGUAUUUGGGAGAAAUCGUUCGGCUGCUGCUGGUGAGGCUGGCGGAGGACAACCUGCUGUUUAGGGGACGGACAUCGGAGGCGCUGCGGACCCCGUUUACAUUUGAGACCAAGUUCAUCUCUGAGAUUGAGGAGCAGGACGACGGUCUGGUAAACACCCGGAGGAUUCUGACCGAGUUGGGAUUGGAAAGGGAACCGGUCGACUGCGCCGUCGUACGUCUGGUCUGCGAAACCAUCUCCCAGCGCUCCGCCGAUCUCUGUGCCGCUGCCCUGGCAACCAUCGGCAACCGUAUCCGUACCAACCGCGGGCUGAGCCAUCUGAAGACCACCGUGGGGGUGGACGGGACAGUCUACAGAAAACACCCCAAGUUCAGCGAGAAGCUCCGGGCGACGGUGCGCCGCCUCGCCCCCGAGUGUGACAUCACCUUCCUCGUCUCGGAGGACGGCAGCGGGAAGGGCGCUGCCAUGGUGACGGCCGUGGCUCAGCGGCUGGCUCACCAGUCCCGGCUGUUAGAGGACAGCGACGGUGAGGUCAGGGAGGAAGAGGAAGAGGAAGAUGAAUAAAGAGUGGAGAGAGGAUGCAGAUGGUACCCAACAUGUCUUGUUCUUAUUCAGCACAUUUUGUUAAUAUUAUAUUAUUUAAAGCUAUAGUGUGUAGUUUCUGUCGCCCCCAUGAGGAAUUCUAAGUAAUGAC